AUGCUCCAUCAGCACCUGGCCCAAUCGUUUGCGGAGUCGCUUUUGCAAAAGUCAGUCCCCGACGACGACGGAGAAGCAGAGGAGACGCCUCCACCUCCGCCGGCCCGCUCUAACAAUCGCCCUGCGCCUGCAGUCUUCACGGCAGGACGACGUCGUCGCCGCAUUGCUCGAGACUCGGCUCGUCCGCGCAGUGGCACUGCCCCUCAUCUGACUUCAGAGUCGCAGCAAUCGGGCUGCGUUGUUGAGCUUUCUCCUACCUUUGCUACAAGAUACCCAGUCAUGGACACGCCAACCAAGGGUGCGCUUGACCCCACGUUCAACCCUUCACCGACCGUGACCCCAACAGCAGACGGCAAGAAGAAGAGUUAUGGUCUCUUUGACAAGUUCAAGUCGAAGGAGUGCAACGAAAAAGAGGAUGCUACAAAGAUGGUGCCCACCUCGCUUUUCCCAGAUGAUGCGCUCAAGUCCCCCAAGGCUCUCCGCUUCCUCGACGUCCCCGGCGCAGCCGAGAGCUUCGCCCAGGGCCUUGGAUCAUAUGAGGACGGAAAUGUUUUCGGCGUGGGUCGCUCCCAGGCGCAGACUCUGAGUCCUAUGGGGCCAGUCGGCGAGCAGAGUGACCUGGGCGGAGGGGUGACCGCAGAGCGGCAGACAAAGUUCAAGGAGGAGGACAUUGGAGACUCGACUAUUUCUGAUGCGACCGCCUCUUCCACAUCCAACCUUAGGUUCUGGAAGAAGGACCCCAGCAAAAAAGCGCUCAAGAACCAGGUCCUCGAUCUGAUCACCCCAUCACUUGGAGCUAGUCGGCCCAAGACCGCCGGUCGGGAGACAGAAAGCUCUUCCCAGGACGAAGACUGGCAGGACAAUGGUGUCGGAUACCACAGUGACGGAGACUUGGCUCCUCAGCCUCGCAGGCUCAGGUCUGAUGAGCUGGCCAAUCGCGGAAAGCGCCGCCAGAAGAAGAAGUAUCCAAAGGCUCUACAGCGUAUGACUCCUAUCAGUGAGGGUGCUUCUCCCCUUCUCCAAAAUGACUAUACUUAUCAUUCAGCCGGCGAGGACGAUGAUGUGGAGCUUGAUCUUAUUUCGGAGUAUGGUAGGUCGAGCCGUGCCGGAACCAGGCCAGGUACAGUGCCCAUGACGAGGUCGUUGACUAUGUCGGUGAUUCCGCGCAUCGAGAUUACCGGUCCUGAGGCCCAGGGCUACGAGGAGCUGCACGAUGAACCGUAUGGCAGGCAGUACGAAGUUCCUAGCAGUCUUCUAGUAAGGCAGAAUAGACUUGAGGAUCGCUAUGCAGUUCGUAAGGUGGUCGCGAAGGAAGAAGAGAAAUACAAGCAGCAAGUUGAUUCAGCUUCCUUCAUGGCCAAACGCCCUGUCCACAAUGUCUUCGGCGAACGUUCUGCCUCCAAUUUCUUCGACCAGGCCCCUCCCGUGCUCGCCCCUCAGAGCUCCCUCCAAGAAAUGGAGCGCGUCCUGUUGACCAACACCGAAGAAAGGACGAAGAUGGACGCGGAGAAGGAUCGUCUCGAGAAAGAGCACCAUAAGCUGAAAUCUGACUUCGACAACCUUAAGCACCGCAGCCUCAUUCCCUUCUGCAAUAAGUGCAACCACCCGCUCGGCUCCGACCAUGAACACAAUACAGGCGUCCAGGAAGCCAAUGGAGACAAGGACAUCGAUGGGCAUUCGGAUGCCGGUAGCAUCGAGUACGGCACCGACGAGGAAAUCGAAAUCUGCACCGCCAAACCCAUCUCCGUCAUGCGCGUCACACCAGGUAUGGUCAAGAUGGUUGACAUUCCUCCGCGUAAGAAGGCAGUUCCCGCGCAAGCUCCGCAGCAGUCUCAGCAGAACCAGAGCCUCGGAGUGGCGAAGGCCAAGUACAAGCUUCGCCCUAAGCAUCCUUCGUACUACAAGAACCAGGCCAAGUGGGAGCCCCUGGCUCCUGCUCCCGUUGGUGGUGGGGAGGAGCACGGGGUGGCACCUCCGGUGCCCCCCAAGGAUCCGAAGAGGGGGUCCGGGAGGAAAGGGGAAGGGAAGGGAGGAAGGACUUGA